GCUGUUAAAAUAAAAAAAAUGGUCCUCCUUUCUCUGUAGUAAUAAAUGUGGCUUAAAACAGCACUUGGCUUUCAAGCGCCCAAAAUUUUAUUAACAAAAGAAAGAGCCUCGUUUAGAAACGCCACUCACCGUUUGUCCUACCUCCUUCUGUGUUUGGAAAACAUGAAACUUGACCUUUGAUCUGGAAUCUGCACUUGGCUACAACUAAGAGAAAAAGCGAAACGCAUUUAAUUUAUGAAAAAUGGCUGGACCCUCUGCUCUGUCAGUCUACGCGCUGCGCCUCGGUCCUGGGGAGGACCUCCUGAGCUCCCUGGUCACUUUCGUGGAGAAGAAGAAGCUGAAAGCCCCAUUUAUCAUCACUUGUGUGGGCAGCGUCGCCAAGGCAACGCUCAGGCUGGCAAAUGCCACUGCUUCGAAUACUAAUGAGAUCAUUCAUCUCAGCGAAAGACUUGAAAUUGUCUCCUUGGUUGGCACCCUGAAUAAAGAGGCUCACCUGCAUGUCUGUCUGGCUGACAAAGAUGGCAAAACUAUAGGGGGACACGCAAUGGGCAACUUGGAAGUGUUCACGACUGCCGAGCUUAUCAUCGGCGAGGCGAGCAAUCUGCAGUUUACCCGAGAGAUGGACGAACGCACUGGCUUCCCAGAGCUUAUCAUUAGCUCUCCCUCUAAACAGGCCUAGUUAUUUGCACUCUGUAGAAUACAGCCCCUCUCUUUUUCUUCCAUCUAAAAAAAAAAAAUGCGCUGAAUAAAUUGGCCUAGACCAUG